AUGCAGUCAAAAUUUAAAGACCAAAUGUUUUUGAAAGAAUUAGCUUUUAUCACGGACGUAACUGAUCAUCUUAACGUUCCAAAUUUAAAACUUCAAAAACGCGAUCAAACGGUUUCUGAUAUGAUCAGUUGCAUAAAUGCUCACGGCAAACGGUUUGAUUCGUUUGUUACUGAAAUUUCCAGAAACGAAUUAUAUAAUUUUCCUAGUUGCGAGGAACUGAAAGAUGAUCUUUCAGAUUCAGAUGCAGAAUUUAGCAUGUUUGCAUCUACAUUGCGUAGUGUAGUUGAUGAAUUUGAUACUCGCUUCAAAGAUUUUGACUUAUUAAAAGGGGAUCUUGCUAUCUUCAACAAUCCCAUGAAAAUUCAUAUUCCGAAUCAAAAUUUCGAAUACCGAAUUGAAUUGUGCGAUGUACAAGCAGAUCAAUUUGUUAUAAGUCGUGGCGAAAUCGGGUUAGAGUUUUUUAAACUUUUACCCGAAAGUAAAUAUCCAAAACUUAGAAAUCUUGGCCUCAAAAUUUGUUCUAUGUUCGGUUCAACGUAUAUGUGUGAAAGUGCAUUUUCAUCCAUGAAAUACAUUAAAUUUUUGAAACGAGCAUUAAUAGCAGACUCAUCGCUGACAUAUUUAAUGCGAAUUGCUUCCUCCGAAAUUCCGAUUGAUAUACCGGCACUCUUCAAGGAUUCGUCCGCAAUGUUCGCAUUAAUUUAA